CCUAAACUCAAAAUCUUCUUCAAUCCACGACGAAUCUCGCGAUCGACUGAUUCAUCUUCCUCCUCCUUGGUAUCAAUUCUCGAAAAGGGUGAUCUGUUAUAGUAGUGGAAGGAGGAAGAAAUGGAGGAUUUUGUGGACCAUUACGUAGUUCUAGGGUUAACCUCUGGAGAGGAAGCUCUGAACCUUACCGAGAAGGAGAUUUCAAAAGCAUACAGGUUGAAAGCUUUGGUCAUGCAUCCGGAUAAACGCCCUGACGAUCCCGAUGCUCAUGAGAAUUUUCAGAGGCUCAAGACAUCUUACGAGGUUCUCAAAGACGAGAAAGCUCGGAAGCUCUUUGAUGAUCUUCUUAGAAUCCAGCGUGAGAAACAGCACAAGAAAACGCAAGUGGAUUCCAAGAGGCGUAAGAUGAUGUCUGAUCUUGAGGAGAGGGAGCGUUCUGGUUUCGCUCCUAGUCAUGCUGCUAGUAGACCUUAUGAUGAAGAGGAGAGAAUCGCGAGGAAGCUUAAGGAAGAGGUGGAUAGGAUACGUGCUAAACAUGCGAAAAAGAGAGGCGGGUUUGAGACGCCAGAGAGUGGUAGUGGUGGAGAUGAGAAGAGGAAAGAAGAUAGAAGUGGAACUAAUGUUCAGCUCGAUAAAGAGAGAAUGUUGAAGGUUUCUUGGGAAACAAUUGGUGAAGGGUAUAGCGCAGGAAGGCUCAGAGAAGUGUUUUCAGAGUUUGGUGAGGUUGAAGAUAUUGUAAUUAGAAGUACCAAGAAGAAAUGCUCUGCUCUUAUAGUAAUGGCUACAAAAGAUGGAGCUGUAGCAGCGACGAGAACAUUGUGUGGUGAUCUCUCUAAUCCAUUACUAGUUGUACCUCUUCAGAGAGCAGCACAAACCGAUUUUCAGACUGCUAAGAGAUCUGCAGAAGUAGAACCGCAGAGUAACAUAGUUGGUGCUGGUUACCAAGCUUAUGAAGACCAGGUCAUGGAAAGAUUGAAAAAGGCUGCUAUGAACCAGAAAUGAUAAAGGAGUAAAAAGCCAGAUGAUGUCAAGAAUCAAAGCGCUUCUUCAAGACCAAAGUGGACGGUCCUAUUCAUAUCACAGACUCGUCAUAUCAGUUAUUUCUAGAAUUCUACAAACUGUUUCCUGAAUAGAAGUCCUACCAAUGUUUCCUAUAUGGAAUCUUAUGAUGUAGAGUUCCUGUGUUUGUCUUCCAUAAAAUUGUCUUGUCUUUUUAUUUGCUCUUUUUUUUUCUCAAAACAAAAGAUGAUUGGCACUUUUGAUCAAAAAAAAAAAGGAGAUGAUUGGCACUCUUGAUAUUUUGCAGAAAAAU